CGGUAUACAGGUGUUUGGCCGCGAAGAAGAGCCAAUAUGGCGGUGCAGGUUGAGUUAAAUUGUUUGGAAAGUUUUCCCUCACACCUCAGUCCUCUGGAUGUAUUAAUAUUAGAAAAUCCAUUCGAGUCUAUUUUCCAAAAUGAUACUAGCUCACCGACCGUCCUCUUCACCCCGCAGCGGCCUCAGGCCAGUGACAACACCGGCAUUUUACUGCGAGUUCAUCCGACCACUGCGGAGGAGCUCACCAGCUGCGGGGGAAGGAUGGCGGACAGCGACUCUGGACUCCAGCUCCGCCUCUUCACCAGCGAGUAUUUCCAAAACCACUACCGGCUCCAGCGGCGCCCAUGCGUAGGAACCGUCAGGCCUCUGGAGCCGCUCAGCCUGGAUAGAGUCGUUCUCGGAGCCCGCAGCAGACAGAGCCUUCUCUGGGCCGGCGCGGAGCAGUUCACCGGCGGGCUGCUGGAGCUCUGUCGCCUCGGUCAGGAGCCGCUGGUCCGACAGGGAGACCCAUUACUGCUGCCCCAUCAUCCGCUGUUCGGGGAAGAGUCUGUGCAGGUGCAACAGAACCUUCUGGAGCUCCUGGUUCUGGACUGCAGUCCUGUAAGGCAGGGGAAGAUCACAGCAGACACCUCUCUGGUUCUGACGGAGUGCUGGGACGCUGUGGACCCUCCUGGCCGUUCUUUGCCCCCCAGGCCCCCCCGUCUGUGUGUUUCAGACUUUGCUCACUAUGCAGACAGCCUGGCCGGGUCUCGGUCUCUCCUUGACAGCCGGAGGUGUCUCGGUUCUGGGCUGCCUGACGUCUUGCAGGCGUUGGAGUGCAGGUUGGACGUAUGCGUGGUGGACACUCAACGAUGGUCCAGGGUCAAAGGCCCGCAGGGAGAGCUUGUGGACUCAGACGGCUGCGUGUUCAUGAGCAAACAGCUGCUUCUGAGGCUGGGUCUGUUCAACCACGAGUGGGUGAGGUUGUCUCGGUCUGCUGGGAGCUACAGAGGACCGGAGGAAGAGGUCGAUGUCAGGGUUCGCCCCUGCAGAGAGCGCCUGGUCUCUGCAGUCGUGGUGGAUCUAACACCAAGUCCAGAACGGGAGAUUCACGAGGAUGUGGGCUUCAUCUCAGCCACUCUGUGGUUCAACCUGACGGAAGGAGAAGCAGUUCCCUGGAAGAACUCUGCGCUGAGGAUGAAGAGACUGAAACCAGCUCCUCCAGAUCUCAACCAGAACUCCUCCAGUUUCUGCCGCUCGGCUUCUCUGCCGUUCGCCAGUGAGCUUCACAUCCAGCCGGUCCUCUCCCCGCAGUGCGGCCACCUCAGCUGCGCUGACAACCUGCUGGCUGAGCACUUCAGCACGCCACGAGUGGUUUCACUGGGAGACAUCCUGACGGUUCCUGCUAAGAACCCCCCAGACCUGCUGGAAAACAACGCUGACAGGAUCCACAGGUGUCCGGUGCUCUACUUUAAAGUGCAGAAGGUGCUUCAGUCUGAUGCAGAAAGAGGAGGAGCGUUUCUGGCUGAUAAAACUCACACCUCUCUCUACAUGGGAGCGUCUACCAACAGCCGGGUUCCCCCCUGCUGCGUGGAGGCAGAACCUCUGUGGAGCAGCCUGUCUCCUCCAGGCCUCAACAAGACCGUGGACGUCCUCAUCCGCCUCAUCCUGCCUCACCUGGAGCACAGGGACUCUCUGUCCAGCUGCACCGUCCUCCUCCACGGUCCUGCAGGCAGCGGGAAGGUGACGGCGGUCCGAGCGGCGGGACGCAGGUUGAACCUCCACCUGUUGAAGGUGGAUUGUGUCACCGUGUGCGCAGACACUCCCGCCGCCAUUGAGGCGAAGCUGAAGUCGGCGUUCCAGCGAGCCGAAGCCCUGCAGCCCUGCGUCCUGCUGCUCAGAAACCUGCAGCUCCUGCUCAGAGCUGGAGGUGCAGCUGAGGACGACGGCAGGGUGCAGGCGGCUCUGUGUCAGCUGCUCAGCAGCACCCCCGCCAGUGUGGUCGUCGUGGCCACGGUGUGCAGAGCUCGCGAUCUCUCCUCUGGUGUCAUGGGGGCGUUCGUCCACCAGGUGGAGAUGGAGAGCCCUGCAGAGGAGCAGCGGCUCUCCAUGUUGGUCAGUCUGGGUCGAGAACUUCCACUGGGGAGAGACGUGGACCUGCAGAGGCUUUCCAAACUAACCGCAGGCUAUUUGCUGGGGGAUCUGAGGGCUCUGCUGACCGAAGCUGGAAGGGCCGCCUGCAGAAGGUUGAUCCACGCCUGCCGUGGCCGGCGGCAGGAAGACCUGUGCGCCUGUGGGGUCACCAUCACAAACCAGGACUUCAUCUGCGCCCUGGAGAUGCUGCAGGACGCCCAGUCUAAAGCCAUUGGAGCUCCAAAGAUCCCUAACGUCCGCUGGGAGGAUGUUGGCGGUUUGGAGCAGGUGAAGAAGGAGGUCCUGGACACCGUGCAGCUUCCUCUGCAGCGUCCUGAGCUCCUGUCUCUGGGCCUAAACCGGACCGGAGUCCUGCUGUACGGCCCACCGGGGACAGGGAAGACUCUGCUGGCCAAAGCUGUGGCCACAGAGUGCUCCAUGACCUUCCUCAGCGUCAAAGGUCCUGAGCUCAUCAACAUGUAUGUGGGUCAGAGCGAAGAGAACAUCAGAGAAGUUUUCCACAGAGCACGCUCCGCAGCUCCCUGUGUCGUCUUCUUUGAUGAGCUGGACUCUCUGGCCCCCAACAGGGGGCGCAGUGGAGACUCUGGUGGGGUGAUGGACAGAGUUGUGUCUCAGCUGCUGGCUGAACUCGACUCGCUUCAGUUGUCUGCUGGAGUUUUUGUGAUCGGAGCAACAAACCGUCCUGAUCUGCUGGACCAGUCGUUGCUCAGACCUGGCAGGUUUGACAAACUGGUCUAUGUUGGGAUCAAUGAGGACCGAGUGUCCAAGCUGAAGGUUCUCAAGGCCAUCCUCAGAAAGUUCAAGUUGGAGCCUUCUGUGAACCUUCAGGACAUCGUGGAUCGCUGCCCCGCUGUCGUGACCGGGGCUGAUCUGUACGCUCUCUGCUCAGACGCCAUGACAGCUGCCAUCAAGAGGAAGAUCCAUCUGAUCGAAGAUGGUCUGGAUUCGGAGGACUCUCCCAUUUUCCUCUCUGAGGAGGAUUUCUCAGUUGCUCUGAAAAACUUCAAGCCUUCUGUUUCUGAGAAGGAGCUGCUACGAUACCAGAACAUUCACCAGGAGCUCUCUGGAAAGUAAAAACCCUCUGUGAGGCCUUUUUUUUUUUUUUUUUUUUACUGAUGUCUGAGAAUCAUUAUGAAUAA